UACCCGGCAAUUUCAAAACCGGAUACGCGAGAUCAGUUGUUAACUCGUAAACGAUCGGAAACCACCACAGCAAGUCCAACGAGGCAAUUCAUAACUAAUCUGAAUAAAGUCGAGAGAAGAUACUUAAUCCUAAUCGAAAUGGAAGAAGGAGAGACCGUAUCGAUACUUUCCAGAAAAGAGUUGCGUAAGCAGAAGUUGAUGGAAUACCUCGCAGCAAAAGGAAAGAUGAAACUGCCCAACCCCAAGUCAUACCUCCGUAAUGACUGUCAGGUUAAGGCGGUGACACCUGCGCUAAAGGUUACAGGAAAAGAAAACAAGACUCGGACUGCUCAAUCCAAAAAACUGCUGGAAGCGCAGCCAAAACUUAAUCAAAAACCUGUGUUCAAAAGAACAUAUACUGUUGCGUCCUCUAUAUCCAACUUGAAUUCAGCCAGCCACCUCAAAAAACAGCCAAACACAGGAAUACAAGCCUCAGGCAGAGCCUCUUCAAAUGCAGCUUGUACAGCUCGUACAAAAUCAAACAGCAGAUUCAGCAGUAGCUCAAAUGCUACCUGGUCAUGUCCAAUGAAGACAGUCAGUGUCAGGAUAAGUCUUGGCCCCAUUGUCAAAACGAAAACCGGCCUCAUUCCUGCAGUGACCCAGCCAAGAAAUGGUCAAAGUCAAAGCUUAACACACACCUCUGCCCCAGCAGCUGAUACCACCACCACUACUUCUGUUGCUAACAAGGUGCGACCCAUCACCUCAUCAUCUGUCUCUCUUUCCCAGAGGUCUGCCGUGGCUCAGAGGAAAACAUUACCUACCACUGCUCUAGACAACCCCGUUAAUAAGAGAACAACUGUUUCUUUGACUGCAAGAGCUGGGAUUAAAGUUCAAGAUCAGAACAAGUACAACUCUAACCCACUUUUGGGUAAACAUUCUCAGCCAUCUUCUAAGAGUCAAUCAAGUGGACUGAAAUCAACAUUCAGCUCCUCCAAGUGCACAGCAGCACCUAUUAAGCCAGUGGGGAGAGUAGGGAUGUCAAAAACUAACAAACCAGCUGGUCAGCCUACAGAGAGAUCCACAAAGCAGAGAUCCGAGGGGGAGAGAAAGGGCCAACCAUGCACAGUCGCCUCCCGAGCAUCCUCAGGGCCAGUAAGCAGGUGCAGUUCCAGAGCCGUUAGCAGGGUUAUGCGAACUGCUGUGGCUGAGCUGGCAGGGAAAACCAAGACAUGUAAAGAGACAGAUGCCAAGAAAGGACACAGUUCAACAAAUGCCCCUCCACCAAAAACAGGUAUGAAAAGAACAGGCGCUCCAGUGAUGUCACAGACUGCGCCACAGCCUAUCAGGACCAUCAGCCAUACCGGCCAGUCCACUGACAUGAAAACACCAAAGGUCCCUGUCAGGGUCAUUCCCCAAACUGAGAGAGUGAAACUGACUGCCGCCCAGGAGGAAAGAAUGAGAAAACUACAGGAAUGGCGGGAAGCCAAGGGUAUUUCCUACAAACGUCCUCCAAUGCCGGUGAAAACUCAGGUCAGGCGCACUGUGGCCGUGCGCCAGCCUUUCUGGGCUGCAAUGAAAGAAGAAGACGAGGCCCACUCCCUCAUCUCUGCUGUGGACAGAUCCCUGGCUGACUGCAUCAAGUUGCUUGGAGAGGGUUGCCCUUCAGACCAGGUGAAAGAAGUUCUCUCACGGCUGCCAGCGGUGUCCCAGAAAUUUGCCAAAUACUGGAUCUGUCAAGCCCGCCUGAUGGAACAAGAGGGCAACCUGGAUGUCCUGCCCAUGUUUGAAGAGGCUGUUGGUGUCGUGUUGGAGGUGAGACAUUCGUGUUGUUCAAACUUGAGAUAUUUAUUUACACAAGAGUUAUGUACAGUUCCAAAAGGUACCAUGUGGAAUAUUCUUGUAAACAUACAGACGUUACGUUUACACUAUGUGUUACUCACCAAAAUGCACCGUGUGUAUCCUGUUGUGGGUGAGUAGACCUGGCUUCAGACA